CCAUAAUGCUUUGUGGGGACGUUGACAAGUGGAUCCAAGAUGGCGUAGAAAGUAAUGACAGGAAUUGGAUGAAGUAAUAAUUGAUCACUAAAGAACUACAGUGCUGGUGAGAUGUGUAAGAAAUUAUAAAGAGCUCUGAUGGGCUAUUUGGGUGAUACCCAGUGCAGUGAACUGCAGGAUUUUUGUCCCUGAGUCAUGGAAGACAGAAGAGCUGAGAAGGCAUGUGAACAAGCGUGUGAAUCACUCAAGAGGCAGGACUAUGAAAUGGCCCUCAAGCACGGCACAGAGGCCCUCCUUUCUCUUGGCCAGUACUCCAUGGCCGACUUCACAGGGCCAUGUCCACUAGAGAUAGAAAGCAUCAAAAUCGAGAGUCUUCUUUACAGAAUUGCCUCAUUUUUGCAACUGAAAAACUACGGGCAAGCCGAUGAAGAUUGUAGGCAUGUGCUAGGAGAAGGGCUGGCCAAGGGUGAUGGUGCCUUCCAGACAGUGCUUUGCUGCAUGCAGCUUAAAGGCAAGCUCCAACCUGUAUCCAGCAUUCUUGCCAAGUCACUGACAGGAGAGUCCCUGAAUGGGAUGGUAACAAAAGAUUUGACAAGACUAAAAACACUUCUCACAGAAACAGAGACAGCAACUAGUAACGUCCUCUCUGGAUAUCACGUGGAAGACUUAGAAGAGGGAUCUUGUAAUGGUUGGCAUUUCCGCCCACCACCUAGGGGAAUCACAAGCAGCGAGGAAUAUACUUUGUGUAAAAGAUUUUUAGAGCAAGGAAUCUGUAGGUAUGGUGCCCAGUGUACUUCAGCACAUUCCCAGGAAGAACUAGCAGAAUGGCAGAAAAGAUAUGCUUCACGGUUGAUAAAAUUGAAACAGCAAAAUGAGAAUAAACAGCUCUCAGGCAGUUACAUGGAAACCUUGAUAGAAAAGUGGAUGAAUUCAUUAUCUCCUGAGAAAGUGCUUAGUGAAUGCAUAGAAGGAGUAAAGGUAGAGCAUAACCCUGACCUGUCGGUUACUGUCAACACCAAAAAGUCGCACCAGACGUGGACCUUUGCUCUCACUUGUAAGCCUGCAAGAAUGCUGUAUCGUGUAGCAUUGCUUUAUGAUGCUCAUCGUCCUCAUUUUAGUAUCAUUGCAAUAUCUGCCGGAGAUAGUACUACCCAGGUAUCACAAGAAGUCCCAGAAAACUGUCAAGAAUGGAUAGGAGGAAAGAUGGCCCAAAAUGGAUUAGAUCAUUACGUGUAUAAAGUCGGGAUAGCAUUUAACACAGAAAUAUUUGGAACUUUUCGCCAAACCAUAGUUUUCGACUUUGGAUUGGAACCAGUACUCAUGCAAAGAGUAAUGAUUGAUGCAGCUUCUACAGAAGAUCUUGAAUACCUGAUGCAUGCAAAACAGCAGCUAGUAACCACAGCUAAGCGUUGGGAUUCUUCUUCUAAGACUAUUAUAGAUUUUGAACCUAAUGAAACUACUGAUCUGGAGAAGAGCCUUCUUAUCAGAUACCAAAUUCCUCUCUCUGCUGACCAGCUAUUUACCCAGUCCGUUUUAGACAAAUCGUUGACCAAGACCAACUAUCAGUCACGGUUGCAUGACCUUCUUUAUAUUGAGGAGAUAGCCCAAUAUAAGGAAGUCAGCAAGUUCAACCUUAAAGUGCAAUUGCAGAUUCUAGCAAGCUUCAUGCUCACUGGAGUUUCUGGAGGUGCAAAGUAUGCUCAGAAUGGACAACUUUUUGGUCGCUUUAAGCUUACUGAAACACUUUCUGAAGAUACUUUGGCUGGACGGCUGGUGAUGACCAAAGUCAAUGCUGUUUAUUUAUUACCAGUCUCUAAAGAGAAGUUAGUACAGACCCAGGGAACCAAAGAGAAGGUUUAUGAAGCUACUAUUGAAGAAAAAACAAAAGAAUAUAUAUUUUUAAGGAUAUCCAGGGAAUGCUGUGAAGAACUUAAUCUUCGGCCUGAUCAUGACACACAGGUUGAACUUCAGUUUCAAUUAAAUCGGUUACCCCUCUGUGAAAUGCAUUAUGCGUUAGACAGGAUCAAGGACAAUGGGGUUUUGUUUCCAGACAUCACUAUGACUCCAACCAUACCUUGGAGUCCCAACAGGCAAUGGGAUGAGCAGUUGGAUCCUCGGCUAAACGCGAAACAGAAGGAAGCUGUUCUGGCCAUUACAACUCCGCUUUCAAUACAGCUGCCUCCUGUUCUCAUCAUCGGACCCUAUGGGACAGGCAAAACGUUCACUCUAGCUCAGGCCGUCAAGCAUAUACUCCAGCAGCAGGAAACGAGCAGGAUUCUCAUUUGCACCCAUUCUAAUAGUGCUGCUGACCUCUACAUAAAGGAUUAUUUACAUCCAUAUGUAGAAGCAGGCAAUCCCCAGGCAAGACCUCUCAGGGUAUAUUUCAGAAAUCGCUGGGUAAAGACUGUCCACCCAGUUGUGCAUCAGUACUGUUUGAUCUCAAGCGCACAUUCCACCUUUCAGAUGCCACAGAAAGAAGAUAUUCUUAAACACCGAGUGGUGGUUGUUACGUUGAAUACUUCCCAGUACCUCUGUCAGUUGGACCUUGAACCUGGGUUUUUUACGCACAUUCUAUUAGAUGAGGCUGCCCAGGCCAUGGAGUGUGAAACCAUUAUGCCUCUAGCAUUAGCAACUAAGAGCACUCGAAUUGUCUUGGCUGGUGACCACAUGCAGCUCAGUCCUUUUGUUUACAGCGAGUUUGCCAGGGAGAGAAACCUUCACGUUUCAUUACUUGAUCGACUCUACGAGCAUUACCCUGCCGAGUUCCCAUGCAGGAUCCUCCUGUGUGAGAACUACCGCUCCCAUGAAGCUAUCAUCAAUUACACCUCUGAGCUCUUCUAUGAGGGCAAACUGAUGGCCAGUGGAAAGCAACCAGCACACAAGGAUUUCUAUCCACUAACUUUCUUUACAGCAAGAGGGGAAGAUGUACAAGAAAAAAAUAGCACAGCUUUUUAUAAUAAUGCAGAGGUAUUUGAAGUGGUGGAACGUGUGGAAGAGUUAAGAAGGAAGUGGCCGGUAGCGUGGGGCAAGUUAGAUGAUGGCAGUAUCGGUGUGGUGACUCCGUAUGCAGAUCAAGUGUUCAGGAUACGUGCUGAGCUUCGGAAAAAGAGACUAUCUGAUGUUAACGUUGAAAGGGUGCUAAAUGUUCAAGGAAAGCAGUUCAGAGUUUUGUUUCUUAGCACAGUACGUACAAGGCAUACUUGUAAACAUAAACAGACACCAAUUAAAAAGAAAGAGCAACUGCUGGAAGAUUCCACAGAGGACUUAGAUUAUGGUUUUUUAUCUAACUACAAACUUCUGAAUACUGCCAUCACCAGAGCACAAUCCCUGGUUGCUGUGGUGGGUGAUCCCAUUGCUCUGUGCUCUAUUGGAAGAUGCAGGAAAUUUUGGGAGCGGUUUAUUGCCCUGUGUCAUGAAAAUAAUAGCCUACAUGGAAUCACUUUUGAACAGAUCAAAGCUCAGCUAGAGGCUUUAGAACUAAAGAAGACAUAUGUGUUGAAUCCACUGGCACCUGAAUUUAUCCCCCGGGCUCUACGACUGCAGCAUGCAGGAAAUGCCAACAAAUUGCAGCAAUCACCCCCCAAGGGGAAGAGCCUCCAUCAUACCCAGAAUGAUCAUUUCCAGAAUGAUGGGGUCGUUCAGCCCAAUCCUUCUGUACUUAUUGGCAAUCCUAUUAGAGCGUAUACUCCUCCACCCCCUCUUGGACCUCACCCAAAUUUGGGGAAAUCUCCAAGCCCUGUUCAAAGAAUAGAUCCUCACACUGGGACAAGUAUUCUUUAUGUACCUGCUGUCUAUGGAGGGAAUGUAGUUAUGUCGGUGCCUUUACCUGUACCAUGGACAGGAUACCAGGGUAGGUUUGCAGUUGAUCCUCGAAUCAUUACACACCAGGCAGCGAUGGCUUACAACAUGAACCUCUUACAGACGCAUGGACGGGGGUCUCCUAUACCUUAUGGCCUUGGUCAUCACCCACCUGUCAGCAUAGGGCAGCCACAAAACCAGCAUCAGGAGAAGGAUCAGCAUGAGCAAUGUCGAAAUGGUAAAAGUGAUACAAAUAAUCCUGGACCUGAAAUUAAUAAGAUUCGAACACCAGAGAAAAAGCCGGCGGAAUCAAAACAGAUUGAUUUGGAAUCGAAUCCACAGAACAGAAGUCCUGAAUCACGCCCUGGUGUUGUUUAUCCCAAUACCAAAUUUCAUCGCAAAGAUAAUCUCAACCCAAGACACAUAAAUCUUCCUCUUCCUGCCCCCCAUGCACAGUAUGCAAUUCCUAAUCGUCAUUUUCAUCCCCUUCCUCAGCUGCCAAGACCACCCUUUCCAAUUCCACAGCAGCACGCCUUGUUAAAUCAGCAGCAGAAUAAUUUGCCUGAACAGCCAAAUCAAAUGCCACCCCAGCCAAAUCAGGUAGUCCAGCAGCAGAAUCCGCUGAAUCAGCUGACUCCGCAGCCGCCUCCUCAGCUUUCUCCUGCCUACCAGGCAGGCCCCAGCAGCGCUUUUUUCAAUAAUGCAGUUUCUCAUCGACCACAGUCCCCUCCUGCAGAGGCUGUCAUUCCUGAGCAGCAGCCCCCUCCCCUGCUGCAGGAGGGCCACAGUCCUCUGCGAGCUGUCGCGCAGCCCGGCCCCAUUCUUCCUUCACAUCUGAAUAACUUCACUGAUGAGAACCCCCCGGGACUGCCUAUAGGGGAGGCUCUAGAUCGUAUGCAUGGAAGUGUAGCUCUGGAAACGUUAAGGCAGCAGCAAGUGCGGUUACAGCAGUGGAAUGAGCAUCAUCAUGCCUAUCUCAGUCAGGGCAGCAUUCCUUACCCACACCAUCACCACCCUCACCCUCACCUCCAGCAUCUUCCCCAGCCGCCCGUUGGAUUACAUCCGCCACCAGUGAGAGCAGACUGGAAGCUCCCCAGCAGUGCUGAAGAUGAAGCAGAAACAACAGACUCAAGGUUUCAAGACUUAAUCAGAGAACUGUCUAAUCGUGAUCAAAGUGAAACACGGGAACUAGCUGAAAUGCCACCACCUCAAUCGAGACUUUUGCAAUAUAGACAAAUUCAGACUAGGAGCCCACCAGCAGUCCCAUCUUCCCCGUCUAAUACAGACCACAGUACCCACUUUUCUAACUUUAAUGACAGCAGCAGAGACGUUGAAGUAGCCAACAACCCAGCAUUUCCACAGCGCCUGCCGCCCCAGAUGUUCAGCUCACCUUUCUCGUUGCCAUCUGAACACCUUGCCCCUCCUCCCUUGAAAUACCUGGCACCUGAUGGAGCAUGGACUUUUGCUAAUUUACAACAGAAUCACCUAAUGGGGCCGGGUUUUCCCUAUGGCCUACCUCCAUUGCCUCACAGGCCUCCGCAGAACCCUUUUGUACAAAUACAGAGUCAUCAACAUGCUGUUGGUCAAGAGCCUUUUCACCCGUUGUCAUCUCGAACAGUGUCAUCUUCUUCGCUCCCUAGCUUAGAAGAGUAUGAACCCCGAGGACCUGGCCGGCCCUUGUACCAAAGAAGAAUCUCAUCUAGCUCAGUCCAGCCUUGUUCUGAAGAAGUAAGCACUCCUCAAGACAGUCUUGCUCAGUGUAAAGAGCUUCAGGACCAUAAUAACCAAUCUUCUUUCAACUUUUCCUCCCCGGAGUCCUGGGUAAACACCACCUCAUCUACCCCCUAUCAGAACAUUCCGUGCAAUGGAUCCAGCAGGACAGCGCAGCCCAGAGAGCUGAUCGCUCCACCCAAGACGGUCAAACCCUCUGAGGAUCAUCUGAAGUCUGAAAACCUCGAGGUGUCCAGUUCCUUCAAUUAUAAUGUGCUGCAGCAUCUCGGCCAGUUCCCCCCACUCAUGCCCAACAAGCAGAUCGCGGAGUCGGCCAGCAGCAGCAGCCAGCAGAGCUCUGGAGGCAGCAAGCCGGCCAUGUCCUACGCCAGCGCUCUGCGCGCCCCUCCCAAGCCCAGGCCCCCGCCGGAGCAGGCCAAGAAGAGCAGCGACCCUCUGUCUCUGUUCCAGGAACUCAGCCUGGGGAGCUCAUCGGGCAGCAAUGGCUUUUACUCCUAUUUUAAAUAAUCACCUUUUUUUUCCUCAAGGGAGAAUGUUUUCAUUUCUGUUUGUAUCAAUAGGAUUAAGAUAGCUGGACUUCACCUAUAGCUGCACAGUUCCCUUUGUUUUAAUAUUAAAUAUGUUCUUACUUAAUUGCUUUGCUGCUAGACUUGCAACUAAUUUUUUAAAAGUAUAUUCCAUUAUUUUGCAUUUUUGACGUGAGUCGGAAUUUUGACAGCUUUUAUGUAGAAUAAAAAAUAUUUUUAAAUUUGUGUAUUGUUACAUAUGUUUGCAUCAAGCUAGCAGCUAAGAGGUUAAUUGUGCAACUAUAAAAAAAGAGAAAAAAAAAGUUUGUCUAAAAUGUAUUUAAAAAGAAAAAAAAUUGUAAGUAGCAUUUACAUUUAUUCAAUAAUAUUACCAUAUGCUGGGUUUCUGUACCAGAAAUGGCCAGUUGAUGUACAAAUGUAUGUUAUUUUUGCUUAAAUUCAUUUAAAAUUUUUUAAAAUAAAGGGGCAGCAUCCUCUAAAUACUUUGAGUUUUAUCAGCUUUUUUUUGGUGACAAGAUGCUGCAUUCUAAAACUUUUAUAGUUUUAGACUAUGUAUGAUGUGCUGUUGUACUCUCCAUCCACUGUAGGAUAGAGUUAAAGGCAUUUUUUGCAGGUGUAUUUCAUAUGCCACUGUUUUUUGUAACGUGAAAAAAAACAGUGGCAUACUUAGUUAUUUUUUGGACAAGCUCUACUUCAAGCUUGUUUUUAAUGUUAAUUUGAUAGUGUGUUUUUUUUUUUAAACAAAUCAUGAAGCUGAAAAAUUUUUAGGAUUGUUGGUGCUUAGUAGACUUGAUAACUAUUUUAAAAAUGCGUGAAUUUAGUAAAAUCUUUUUUUCCUCACUAUGCAUGUGUAAAUGUUUGUAAUCUGGCUCCCCCUUCCCCCUCCAGUGGGAUAAAGAGUUGUGCCGCUUUAAGGUUCCUUUUCCCUCCAGUAAAAAAUUUUGGUACCUUAUUUGAUGUUUACAUUAAAAUGUGACAUUAUCCAUGGCAAUUCAAAGAUUUUGCUAACUGUUUUGUUUGAGGAACAUCAUUAAAAAAGAAAUAUAAUGUUUGUCAAAGGUGUAUCAAAAUUCAUCAAAAUCUGGGACAAAAAACUACCCUUGUUUUUCAUGUCUUUCAAUUCUUCUAAAAGAACCCCACUGAACUUGUACAAAAACAUAAAAUUUAAAUAGCUAUCUUAAAUAUUCUACAGUCUGAAAAAUUGUUUUGAAUGAACUUUGGUAAAAAUCCAAAGGAAAAUGUUUACCCUCUUAAAACUUGUGGUCUUGUAACACUUUUAAAGCGAUGCAUGUCCUAUUGCUUUCCUGGUCUAGUAGUACUACUUUUAUACUUCAGAGGUAUCUUGAGACUACAAUAUAACCUCUUUUUUUUUUUCAAAUAAGAUGAGGUUGGGAAACGUUGCAAAUCCUGAGUGGAUCCUAAUGAUCCAUUCAAAAAUAGUUUAUUGGAGGACUCCUUUGGAAUAGGCCAUCCUGUAUUCGCAGUCCAUUUUUAAAACAGACUUGAAAAGUGGAGGGGUAAAGAAAAAACUGCCACCACGGGAGCUGAGUCGAUGUUGGCCAGCAACAACCCCCCUGUCAUCCUCAGACAGUUUUGGAGAAGAGAGUGCCUUGAGUUGAAGGACAAACGAAGCGUACCUCUUUUAUUCAGUUGUGUCUUUCUGCUCAGAGCGCAGUUCGUUUGUACGUGGCUUCACGCCGCAGGCUGCGGCUCUCUGUAAGGUGGCAGAUGUUGACCUGUAGACAGCAGCGCGUCCGUGGUUAGCGUCAGUCACAGGUGAAAACCGAGCCAGCAAGUCACAGCACCUCGUUUUCUCUGUAUGAUGUCAGAUCACCACGCUUAGCUAGGUCAAAUUUUCCUCAGCAUUCUUUAGUCACAAGGAAAGAAGAAAAAAAAUAUUGUUAUACAGCUGUGUAUUUCCAACUCUAUGACAAAACUCAAGAUGUAGCCUAAAUGAAAAUGCAGCCUCCCUGAUGUGAGGGGUCCAUGAAAAAUAAUGUUCUUGUCAGCGAUGAUUCUCCCCCCUCACAAACACGCAGGACUACAACACAAGCCAGAUAAGUGUCCAAAAGCAGGUGGAUCUUACGAAGACAGGACUGUCAUGUCAGGACUUUCAGUUAACCCCUUGUCAUGAGGUAAUUGUCGAAUUUCCUGUUCUCCAUACUUGAACAAAAUACCAGUUUUUAAAUUAUUUAUAUGUAUAUUUAGUUAAAGAGGUCAUGUACACAUAUAAAUAUAUUGAGGGAAGCUUUGCAUAAGGAAGCUGUUGUUGUGACAUCGCUGUUCUAAGCAGUUACUUCUUAAAAAAAACAAAAAAAAAUAGCUAUUUUUUAGUCCACUGCUUUGCUCUUGAGUGAGUAUUUCUCAUCGUUUUGUACAGCCAAUCAAGAAUUCGAAUGUUGUUUCCAUCUAAUACUCUUCUAGAUUUGGCUUCGAAUGCGUAUUUCAGCCUCUAACAAGCUUAUUUCUCAGCAUUACUUAAUACCAUCCUUCCUGCCAUGCUUUAAAUGUUAUUUAUGCAUAGUGUCUUAUAACGGUUGUGAGAAAGUCUUACUGAAAGAAUCAUUGCAAGUUUCCAUUGAAAUGAGGCGUGGUUUCUGAGGACCGCUCAUGCUGUUUGGGCAUGACUUGGGUAGUACUAGCAGGGGCCCACAAAUCAGACUUACAAAACAACUCGCGGUCAGCCCUCUGUGUCUGCAGGUUCCGUGCCCACGGAUUCAACCAAGCGCAGAUCAAAGAUAUUUUUUAAAACUCCAGAAAGCUCCAAAAAGGAGAACUUAAGUUUGCCAUGUGCUGGCAGCUAUUUACAUAGCAUUUUUAUUGUAUUAGGUAUUAUAAGUAAUCCAGAGAUGAAUUAAAAUAUAUGGGAGGAUGUGUGAAAAUUAUAUGCAAAUACUGUCAUUUUACGUAAAGGACUUGAGCAUCCGUGGAUUUUGGUGUUCCUGGGGGUUCUGAAACCAAUCCCCUGCAGAUACUGAGGGACGACUGAAUUUCAUAUACUAGAUUCAACCCUAGAGUUCAGAUGGAAUUUUUUUUUCUUUUUUAAAGUGCUCUUGGAUAAUACUGAGUAUUACCAACUUCCUUUUCUUCCAGAACAGAUCUCUUCUUAGUGUGGGUAAUUGUUCACCUGAUGUCUUUCUACUUCUUUGUUCUUUGUAUCACUCUGAAGUUCCCUUUUUUUUUGCCAGAACUAUUUUGUAUUCAUUUUACUUUUUAAUUUCAGUGCUACUGAGAUUUUCUUUUUUUAUCUUAAAGGAAUUAUUGUGGACGAUAGAAUUUGUAGAGUUUUCAUGCUAAAUUUUUUUUUCCUGAUCUAAAAAUGAAUUUCUGUUAAGAUUUGAAGAGCCUCAUUCAGGGUAACAUGGAUAUUUUCUGGUGUGUUUUUAAAAGGGGUUUUGGCUGCCAUUUUGGCAUAUGCUUUGCCAAAUUGUUGUAGCAGGGCUUUGUUUUUGAUUGAUCAGUAGUUAAUUAUUGACCAUUUAAACUAACAUGACCUUAAGUUUCCUUCCCUCAGACAGAUCUGCUUUCUAUCCAGGUCAUUUUGUAUGUGUGAAAUAACAAACUGCUUUGUGUGGUUUCUGUUCAUCAGAGAUUCUAGGAUAAGUUCAGGUUUGGUGUAAACAUCAGUUGGUCUUUUCAGUUCAAAGAAUUGCAGAAUAAGUAAAACAAGCAGAAUUCCCACUGAAUAAGCGUUGCCUAAUUAAACACAGCAAUCUCCAAGAACUGUUUGUGAAAACAGUUUCCUUGUUUAUGGAGGCACUGAAAUUGCUGAGAAAGCUAACUGAAUUUCCUAACUUGAGAUAAUUAAUAUAUAGUAUUACCUUACUCUAGUGUAGUUGAUUUUACAUGUUUAAUAUUUUCCAUGUAUAUACAUCUCAAAGGCAAAGCUAUAAACAUAUGCGAAUAUAUCCCUAGCUACCUUGACUAGAGAGAGCCACUCUGCCUAAGAGCCAGGAUGUGAAAACCAGUUUCAAGAUAAAUUUUAGCUUUCAACUAUUGUUAUGAAGAAAGUUAGAUUCACUGAAAUCGUUUUAAGAAGAGACACCUGUUAUCCUUGGAUAGCACUGUUUCAUACUGGAGUUGUUUUUAAAAAGGAAACCCAGAAAAAGCCUAUAAAAAUACAAGAUUAAAAGUUUAAAUAUAUUGAAAGAUGCAAAUUGCUGCCUUAAAUGUCACGUAGGCUACCUGGGUCUUUUUUCUUUUCUUUUCUUUUAGAUUCACAAAGGUAGUAAUUUGUCUUUUAUGAUUUCCCAGGCAUUAUUUCUUGCUAACCAUCCCUUUAACGUGUGGGAACCAUCAAUUUCUACCACUACCCUGUUUGCUUUUCCAAAUCUCGAAAUAAGUGUUUUAAUGGAUCUGAUUUUUUGCUCCGCUCUUUGCCAUCUGAUCCACAAACUAUUCAGCAAUUAGAAAUAAUGGAUAAUGUUCUAUGAUUUCUUCAUGAUACCAUGAUUUCAUGAAAGAGUAAGUGGCAUGUUAGUCUUCAAAGUGCUCAUUACAUUAGGUGUCUCGAAUUCUCCAUCUACUUGAGGCUGGAUAUUUAUUUGCCUCGAUUUUACUGUAAAGCUGCUAAAUUCACACUUACUACUUUCGUACCUGUUUAAUUAGCAAUUUCAAAACCAUUGUUACAAGGAGUGAAUCCUCCUAACAUUUAACAGUCUUGCAAAACACAUUCAGAAAAUGGCUGUUAUUACUUGAAACUAGAUUAUCAAACAGUUUAAAAAUGAAAAAUUUUAAUGUAGCAUUUAAAAAUUUCAAAAUGUUUGAAAAUAUCUACUUUGGAAUAAAUGUUCAGGAAAUAGUCACAGGGAGUUCCUCAAUUUUUUUGAAAGGAGGCACCUAGUAGAAGAAUCUAGACUUAGUAACAUGAACUGUGGUUAUACAGUGGUAGUCUAGAGCUCCUAGAGCUGGCAUGUUAAGAAAACCCAGAGGCAUUCAUGGACCUAUAGUUUAUCAUCAGAGAAUUAGACCUGACUUUAUUUGCAAUUUGUUCAAUACAGAGAUUUUAUUUUGAUAUGAAUAUUAAGCAUAAAGCAUAGUAAGUUUUAUAUAAUUCUAUAAGUUCAUUAAACAAUAUUACGAAAUCUUCAUUAUGUUCUUUGGGAGUCUUUUCAGCUCUUUCUAUGCCUCACAUAUGAGGUCUCUUCUGUAUUUUAGUUUGCAUUUUGCUAGCACGUGACUGCCUGCCUUAGAACUAUGUGUAGGAGGGGAAACCAAUAUUACUUUUAACUUUUUUGAAAUAUAUUUUUUCUUUUUCUUUUUUUAUGUUUGAGCAGUUGAGGGGAAGGGGCAGAUUCCAUAGAUUUCAACACAGAAUAGAAGCCAUGCAGGACUAUCUGUUUACAAAUCUGUCCUGCUUUAAGAUUUUCAAGUUUUGAGCAAGGUAGAGCAGUGGUUCUAAAACGGUAGCCAGCGUCAGAAUUACCUGGAGGGCUUGUUAAAGUACGGGUCGCUGGACCCACCCCCAGAGUUUCUGAUUCCAGGCUGGAGCCUGAUCCUUUGCAUUUCCAACAAGUUCCCAGGCAACCCUGAUGCUGCCGGCCCGGGUACCACACUUUGAGAACCCCUGGUCUAGAGAGCAUCUGAAGGUCUUGUCAGUCAUGCAUUUAUUUACUCAGUAUACAAAACUAGUCUCUUGGACAUAAUUCUGAUGCCAUGAGUGGGACAUUCAUGGAGAAAAACCUCAAUGGAGUGACGAGCCCCUCGGAUGGUGGCCACCCCCUUCCAGCGCUCACCCUCCAUAAGGUCUGCGCUGCUCCUCCGUGUCAGGGUGCAGGGGCUCUUUUAUUUCUAGGGUGGAUUUGGUGUGUGUGCACUGCAGCCUGGGCUUUGGUUUGGAAGCCGUGCAUCUGUUUGAAGAGCUUAGAGGCAAUCUUGAUGGUCUGUAUACACAGAGAUGAGACUUGUGGGAGGAAGCCGUUCAAACAUCACGAUGAUUCACUUUGCAUUUACAAGGCGCUAAGUACAGGAGGCCCUGUCCUGAGGUGGCAGUGACACGGAGCACCAAAAAUGACAGAUAAUCCCCGAAUGAUGUAUUCGUAGUUUUCAUGCUUUGGGGGUGAGGGAGUUGAGGACAAAGGAUUUGCUUUUCAAAUUAAUGUGUUUCUCAGGCUAACACAAUUAUUUUGGAUUCUCUGCCAUGCCGGUGGGUGUUCGGGGAGCCUGAAGUGAUGUAUAUGGCAGAAAGUUGAUCAUUGUCUCUGAUUGCUUUGCUAUCUUCAAAAACAAAAAACAACAAAAAACUAUGUUUGAAAAAAAAGAAAGAAAAAGCAACAGUCUAGGGGAAUCUACCACCUACACAGCAUGAGUUGUUCAUAAACCAUAGGUGCACAUGUAUGAACAAGUUAUUUUUGAGAAAGAAACUGCCUACAAUAUAAUCAACCUACAGGUCUUUGGAUAUUUUAAAAAUGUGUGUGUUAGUGUCGUUGUUGUUAAUAUUCCCCCUGGAGUCAGUGCAGCUUGAGGGGUUUUGGUCUCGGCCUCUGGUUUUUAGUUUGGCUUUGAAUUUACUGAGACACAAGAAAGAGAAAAAUAAAAUAUUUUUAAGGUGAUAGAUUAUAGAACGACUUAGAAGUAGUGCAUAUGAUAAGCAUCGUAGAACGCACAGUUUUGGAAUUCUUAAAACACAGUCCUUCCUCCUUGAAAGGCUUGCUAACCUUUGGUGGGAUCGUUUAUAUGUUCAGCACAGGUUACUUUAUCCAGUUCCAACUCACAGGGAGCUUCUGUUUAUUCACACUUUGCUUUGCACGAUGCCUUGGAUGCAAAGACCUCUUGUCUCUUUCCGUCGGUCGGAGGGUCCUUUUAUCCAGGCUGAGGUCCUGACGGACGCGUCAGUUACACCUGAGAAUGUUUCUCAGCACCCCCUCCCAUUCAGAGGAAAGGUCUUGGAUUUUUACGUAUCCAGACCAUGCCUGCUUCCUAUAAACCCAAGUGUAUGACAUUGUACUGUAUCCGCUUUCUGUGCCAGUCAUCCGACCUGAUUCUUUGAAACCCAUGAAGGUACUGGUUAUACGUAGUAGUUGUAUCCUAGGUAAAUACGGUGAUUAAAAUACCUCUCCUCUAAAUUAUAAAGGUAAUGGGUUUUGCAUUUUAUUAAAGGGUCCUGUUAUUAAUGACACAGGGUUUUUUUUUAUGCUUCAAAAAUACAAGUUCUUAUCUAAACUUGUUCAGCUAACUUCAUACAAUCAAUUACUUAGCAAAUUCAUACUGGGUCUUCUUUUGGCAAGUCUUCCAAAGGGAGGCUAUAUAAAACUGAGAUGGUCAGUUUCCAUCUCUUAUAAGUACCAGUUGUACAGUCAUGUAAUAAUCAUAAGUUAUGGCAAAAUUAUAACAAAAUUAUUAUUAUUUCUUACAGUUAACGAUACCUCGUCCGAGAGGUUCUAAUACCUUAAGAGUUUAUCCUUAAAAGUAAAAAUGACUUUGUACCAUAAAAUAACCCCAAAGCCAUUCUCUAGGGUUUUUAUUUUCUUCCUUUUCUGUCGUUUCCUUUUUUUUUAACUUAGUUUUGGAAUUUCUUUAGCCACUUUGGUUCCUUAGAACAAGUUUUCAAUUUGGGGGUCUGCAGUUCCUACAUUGUGAUCAUUGUCUCAGUGAAGUUCUUUUGUUUUAAAAGAUUCAUGGUAACACAAAAUGUAUUUUACUGCUACAACUAAAAUGUAUUUAUAAUAAAAUGCCUUUUUAAUAA